UCUUGUCCCACUUGAAAACCCAACCAGUGGCGGCGAUGUGUUCUAUAUCGGCCUGCGUCCUCCCUUUCGUAAUUUUCCUCCUCGUUCCCGGUCCGAGCACGGCUCAGCAGUCACGAUUUAGCAACGGGCAAAGGAGAUACGCGAACCUGUACGGUUACACGAAUUUCAAUACGACGGGCACGGAAAACCUGAUCGACGUGGUGAUAGGCGGGCUGAAUUUCCUCCGCGCUAACGAGCAGUUUCAGGAAAAUGCUCAACCCGACGUGACCCCGAAGCAUCGAUCGAAAUACGAUUUUAUAGUGAUCGGCGCAGGAACUGCAGGAGCGACGAUAGCGUCCAGGUUGAGCGAGAUCGAGGACGUAAGCGUGCUCCUGAUCGAGGCUGGACCAGAAGAGACUCUUCUCAUGGACGUGCCCAUACUGGCGAACUUUUUACAAGGCGUGGAAUCGAUCGACUGGAUGUACGAGACGGAGCCGUCCGAGAAAUACUGCCGGGGGAUGAAGGGUCACAAAUGCAAAUGGCCCAGAGGCAAAGUGAUGGGCGGUAGCAGCGCCCUGAAUUACAUGAUAGCCACCAGAGGAAACUGGCGGGACUACGACCGUUGGGCCGAGCUCGGUAACGACGGAUGGGCGUUCAAAGACGUAAUGGAUUAUUUCAAAAAAUUAGAGAACGUAGAAAUUCCCGAACUGAGGAAGGACGAGAAGCACCGCGGGACGAACGGCCCGGUCUCGGUGGAUAACCCGCCGUUUCGAUCGCCGAUGGUGGACGCGUUCCUCGAAGGCGGUAAAGAACUGGGUUAUCCGUUAGUCGAUUAUAACGGAGAGAAGCAAAUCGGAUUUUCGUAUAUACAGUCGACCAUGCACCGAGGGUAUCGCAUGACCAGCAACCGGGCUUACCUCGUUGGUAAAAAACGGAGGAACCUCCACGUGACCAAGAUGAGUAUGGUGCACAGGAUAUUGUUCGACAAACAGACCAAACGAGCGAUCGGAGUACUGUUCGUGAAGAACAACCGAAUGUACAAAAUCUACGCGGACAAGGAAGUGAUCCUGAGCGCGGGUGCAAUCGGAUCGCCGCAGUUACUGAUGCUGUCCGGAAUAGGACCCGCGGAGCACUUGAGAGAACUCGGCAUUGACGUGAUAAGAGAUGCGAGGGUGGGCGACAACUUGAUGGAUCAUAUAGCUUAUGGUGGACUGACGUUCCUACUCGAUCAACCGAUGUCUAUAACUACUUUUGAUCUGCUGAACGUUCUCAAGCCAUAUUUACGAGAUUUCCUGAUGGACCGGAAAGGUCCGGCGACCACCAGUGGCGGUUGCGAGGGAAUCGCUUUCGUCGACGUCGACGAUCCGAAAAAUAGAGACGGAUCUCCGAACAUGGAAUUACUGACUCUGGCCAAUUCGAUCCACGGGAUCGGUAUGUUGUACGAUAAUUUCGGACUCGACCAGGAGAUCAGGGAUAAAUUUUCCUGGAUACAGAACGUAUACUCGUGGGGAGUGUUUCCUAUGAUACUGCGUCCAAAGAGUCGCGGUUGGUUAAGACUGAGAUCGAAAGACGUAAACGUGCAUCCGAAGAUAGUCGCUAAUUACUUGAGUCACCCGGACGACGUUAGGGUUUUGGUGAAAGGCAUCAGAAUGGCUAUUCAAGUUGCUAAUACGGAAGCUAUGAGGAAAAUGGGUUUACGGUUUUAUAAUAGGACUGUGUCCGAGUGCGAGAAGUAUCCGUUCGAUUCGGAUAGUUAUUGGGAGUGCAAUUUGAGGACGGAGACAUUGACUAUUUACCAUUAUAGUGGCACUUGUAAAAUGGGACCGGAGAGCGACAGUACUGCCGUAGUCGAUCCGACUUUGAAGGUAAUCGGCAUCAAGGGACUGAGAGUGGCUGAUGCUUCUAUAAUGCCGGAAAUUAUUUCUGCCCAUCCGAAUAUUCCGAUAUUCAUGAUCGCGGAGAAAUUGUCAGACAUGGUUAAAAGAGAGUGGGGAUACCUAAACGACUGAGUAUCGCAAUUUAAAAUCCUAUUAGAAGCAAUGAAUUUAAUUAUACUUAACUAAUUAAUUAGGCAAUUCUAAUUUUAUAUUAGAAUAUG